GCCCCACUCCAGUGAUGCCAGAUGAUGUGGUGCCUUUAGUGUUAAGGUUACGUCAAAAUUACUCACUCGAUUGUGCACAAGUAACUCCUGGAGAUCAGAGGUGACCGGAGCUCAUCAGACCUGGGGAUGUGGUCGGACGGGCGAAUCGCGAGUUAUGCGAUAUGCCUCCUGGUGUUUCAGGUGCGAUUGUCCAACAGUCGCACGUCCUGGAGGCUGAGUGCUGAUGGUGUUGUUAAGGCAACACAAUUUUCAUCCACCGUCGAGGACGAUCUCAUCUUCGACAUCCUCGCAACAACAGUCAGCUCGAGCAAUGGACAGGGAUGGAGCAAAACAGCAGCUACCGAGAGUCGGGAGAAACUACAGGUUUACUGCAACGAGUACAGUAGCUUUGUCACUGGAAAUCCCGAUCGACACUUGAUGUCCUACGGAUUGACGGAGCCAUCCAACAUCACCGAGACAACAUCAUCGUCAACCAGUGGGACUGAGCAGAGUGUCUGCACCACUGGUCAGCAGUGCGAUGAUAUUGUCCUGGACUGUGGUAAACCGGUAAAUUACACGUACUACGAUAAUCUCGUGGGUAUUGCCAAUCGAAAUAAACACCCACUGGUACCAGAGCCCCACGUUGCCCUAAUGUUCAAGAAGGGGAGCACCAAGGUCGAGGAUGUGGACAUUGAUCUGCUGGAGAGACGUCUCAAGAAGGCCAAGAGAGAGAAACCAAAGUCGGUGCAAUUGUACAACCAGAUUGGCAAUUUUUGGCGGAUUAAAGGCAAUGCUGAGCGUUCUAUCGAGUGUUUCAGGCGAGCACUGGCAGUGUCUCCUCACAAUGCCGAAGUGUUACUCAAUCUGGCGAGGGUUUUAAUGGCACUACAGUACCUUGACGAUGCGACUUAUCUGGCGAGACGUUCCCUGGAGCUCCAGCCACCAGAUCGCAAUGCUUGGGAGCAGUAUCUCACAUUGGGACAGAUAUUCAAGGCUUAUGGCCACUUCCAAGAAGCGGCUGUUCAUCUUCGACAUGCUCUGGAGUUGAAGUCAGAUCUGCCAGAGGCUGCUGAUGCUCUUAAGGAAGUCGAAUCGUUGCCCACUGCUAGUAUUCAUGUUUAUACACUGCUCAUUAUUGUAUGCCUGGUGCUGGGGGUUCUUCUGGUCGUCCUCAGCACCAUCGACUGCGACGAGAACAUGACCCUCUCGGCUGAUCAACUUCAACGGCCUGUACAACGCCAAUUGAAUCGCGCAUUAACGAUGCGGGGCCUACGUCUCAACGUACCACGCCAUAAACGUUGUUAAUUUUUAGAAACUGACGGUAUAAUAAUCACCCACAUGAUUUCAGAGAAAUGAAAAAAUAAAGAAUACGGAGAACCCGAUGAAUUGUGAUAGACCCGUGCGUUUUGAGCAGCAAUGACUCCCUAUUGAGUAUUUAUUUGUAUGAGCACAGGUGUUAUCGUACUUGUGUGUGCUAAUUCAUGCCAUUUAUUAUAUUGACGGUCAGAAGAUAAUACAGUACAAUAGAAUGUGAUAGUAA